UCCCCAACCACCAAAAUGUACAGACUUGCAUUAAAAUUCCCACCAAAUCACCUCCACCGACACCACCUCUUCAUCCUCCUCCUUUUCCUCCUCAUCUCAGCCCGUUUUACUGCAACUUCCUCCGCUACUACCACCGAUUACCGAAGAUUCAAAGAAGCUCCUCAAUUUUAUAACGCUCCCACCUGUCCCUCCAUUGACAUUAAUGGCACUACUGAAAUGUGCUCUCCUCAAGCCGUUCAUGUUGCAAUGACCCUCGACGCCGCCUACUUGCGCGGUUCAAUGGCCGCCAUUUUUUCCAUCUUACAACACUCUUCUUGCCCACAGAACAUCAUCUUCUACUUCGUCGCCUCCUCCACCGCAGACCACCACCACCUCCGGCAUACAAUCUCCCGUUCUUUCCCCUUCCUUAAAUUCCAAAUAUACCCAUACGACUCCUCCGCCGUGUCCGGCCUCAUCUCCACCUCCAUUCGUUCGGCACUCGACUGCCCUCUCAACUAUGCCCGCAACUACCUCGCCAACCUCAUCCCUCAAUGCGUACGCCGAGUCGUUUACUUAGACUCCGACCUCGUCCUCGUCGACGACAUCGCUAAACUAGCUGCGACACCGCUGGGAAACAACUCAGUUUUGGCGGCACCGGAGUACUGCAACGCCAACUUCACUUCCUACUUCACCCCGACCUUCUGGUCUAACCCUACGCUAUCUUUAGCAUUCGCCGAUCGCAAAGCUUGUUAUUUCAACACGGGGGUAAUGGUGAUGGACUUGCAAAGAUGGCGUGAAGGAGACUACACGAAGAAGAUCGUUGAAUGGAUGGAGCUUCAAAAGAGAAUAAGGAUCUACGAGUUAGGGUCUUUGCCACCAUUUUUGCUUGUGUUUGCAGGUAAAAUAGCGCCCGUUGAUCAUCGAUGGAACCAGCAUGGGCUCGGUGGUGAUAAUUACAGAGGAUUAUGCAGAGAUUUGCAUCCCGGUCCGGUUAGUUUGUUGCAUUGGAGUGGGAAAGGGAAACCAUGGGUGAGGCUCGACGCAAACCGGCCUUGCCCAUUGGAUGCUCUUUGGGCUCCUUAUGAUCUGCUGCAAACACCCUUUGCUUUGGAAUCUUAGGAUCUCGGUAGUCGG